AUGACUGAGAAGAAAGACAACCCCCCUCCCUACGAGACGAACCGGAGCGCCACUAGCAAUGGUGGUGACUCGCGCCCAUUGCCAGAUGGCUGGGUGAAGCAGUGGGAUGACAACUACAAGCAGUAUUUCUACGUCGAUACGCGCGCGAACCCGCCACGCUCAACAUGGAUCCACCCGGCGGAUGAAGCGCAGCAGAAGUACCAGCCCCCUUCGAACCCGCCCCCUAGCCAAGGCCAAACUUACACACAACCGCAGCCUGUGCAGCAGCGGCCCAUGUAUGCGUCGCAGCCAGUGUACCAGCAGCCCGUCAUGAUGCAACAGCCGCCCAUGAUGAUGGGCGGUGGCUCACGCCUCGGUGGCAUGGGCGGUGGCGGCCUCCUGGGCGGUGGUCGUAUGGGCGGUGGCAUGGGCCCUAUGGGCUCAGGUCUGCUGGGUGGUGGUGUUGGUCUGCUGGGUGGUAUGGCCCUGGCCGACGGUAUGCACGAUAUGCAGCAAGAUGCCUAUAUGGACGGCUACCAACAAGGUGAAAUGAACGAUAUGGGCGGCGGCGGCGACUUUGGUGGUGGCGACUUUGGUGGUGGCGACUUUUAA